AUCUUCCAUCUGGAGGAAAAGGGUCAGAGACGCCGCUCAUCGACGCCCGCGCAGACGUGUGUUUCUCCGGGGAGCUCACCACCACCGCCGCCUUGACCGGAGCGGCGACUGGAAUACUUUUGACGGACACUCGUCGCAUCUUCCGCGUUCGCCCGCGGAGUGUCGUACCGACAAAAGGAAGAUUUUUUUUUUUUUUUUUUUUUUUUUUUUAAAGCUAAAAAUCGGAGAAGUAACGGUGGGAGCCGAGAUAGCUUGGCGGCUAAGCUAGGCUAAGCUAGCUAGCUGAGCGGAGGAGGGAGGGAGGGAGCUGCUCGCCUACUCUCGUUUGAUGGAUCCGAGAAUCGCCUGGUUCCAACCAGAACAACGCGGACCCGCUAAUAACCUGUGGAUGCAAAUCUGGGAGACGACGCAAGGGUUCGGCUAUUUGCAUGUCAACAACCGCACCGGCAGGAUCAGCAGCCUGAAAGCAGCGAGCCUCAACGGGGCGUCCAGAGCCGCCCUCGCCCUCGCUGAGGGGACCGCGCCGCUCGAGUCGAACGCCGGGAUGUCGAGCCCCGCCGGGGACGGGGAGUUCAUGGUGCAGCGGGACUUUUUGCCACUGGAGAGCAUCGGCAACCACAACCACCGAGCCGCCAGCAGGGGCGGCGGACAGCAGCAGCAGCAGCAGGGCAGUGUGGGGACGGACGGGCACCCCAACAAAAGGAAACGGGUCAACAAGGCGAGCACUUUCGGAUUCAAUUCCAGCCUCCAGAACACCAACACGGAGGGCCGUGGCUAUUACACGGGCACGCCGUGGAAAACCCGGAAUUACUCUGAAGGAAUCGUGGGGUUACAUGAAGAGAUCAGUGACUUCUACGCGUAUAUCUCGCCACGGCCGGAGGAGGAGAAGAUGAGGCUGGAGGUAGUGGACAGAAUCAAAGGCGUCAUACACAACCUUUGGCCGAGUGCUGAAGUGCAGGUGUUUGGAAGCUUCAGCACUGGUCUCUAUUUGCCAACAAGUGAUAUCGACUUGGUGGUAUUUGGGAAAUGGGAAACGCUUCCGCUGUGGACACUGGAAGAGGCUCUGCGCAAGAGGAACGUUGCAGACGAGAACUCCAUCAAAGUUCUGGAUAAAGCCACGGUUCCCAUAAUUAAACUGACUGACUCCUUCACGGAGGUCAAGGUGGACAUCAGCUUCAACAUAAAGAACGGUGUCAAAGCUGCGCGCCUCAUCAAGGAAUUCAAAGAGAAAUACCCCGUGCUGCCUUACCUGGUCCUUGUGCUCAAGCAGUUCUUGCUGCAAAGGGACCUCAACGAAGUAUUCACUGGUGGAAUUGGCUCCUACAGUCUGUUCCUCAUGGCCGUGAGCUUCCUGCAGCUUCACUUUAGGGCAGACGUGUGCCAGCCAAACAUGAACAUCGGCGUGCUGCUGAUCGAAUUCUUUGAGCUCUACGGCCGUCAUUUUAACUACAUGAAAACGGGCAUCCGGAUAAAAGACGGCGGUUGCUACGUUGCCAAAGACGACGUUCAGAAGAACAUGAUGGACGGCUACAGGCCUUCCAUGCUGUACAUUGAGGACCCACUGCAGCCAGACAACGACGUCGGCCGCAGUUCGUACGGGGCCAUGCAGGUGAAGCAGGCGUUUGACUACGCCUAUGUGGUGCUCAACCACGCCGUGUCGCCUAUUGCCAAAUACUACCCCAACAAUGAUACAGAGAGCAUUCUUGGCCGGAUCAUCCGCGUGACUCAGGAAGUGGACGAGUACAGAGGCUGGAUCCGAAAGAACUGGGGGAGCCCGUCUCAGAACGACCUGCCGCUCAACAGAAAUGACGUGACGCUGUUCAAGUCCAAGCAGCUGGACGAAUGCAACAACAACAACGUCCUGGUCCUGGACGAGGACGACGAGGACAAUGUCGUCGUCGUCCUGCCGUCGGCCCCCAACAGCAAGACCUCGUCCAACACUUCCUCGCCGUCUCCUUCCCUGCGCUCCUCGCCUUCCUCUUCGCUGCUGUCGCCCUCCUCCACGACGUCCUCCAACUCGAGUGACGCGGACUCUGACGGCACGCCGUGCAAGACGGCCAAGCAGCAGUCCGGCAGGGCCGCCAGCGCCCACAGAGAAAAGUCGGCAGUCACUGCCGCCAAUCACAGAACGCAGAACCGCACAAGCAGCACUCCAACUGGAGGCAACAAGGGAGGAAAGGCAAGGAUACCUCGUCCGCAGCACAAGGGUGGCCAUCAGGGUCAGCAGAGCUCCUCUUCCUCCUCCAACAACAACAAGAGUCAUCCCAGCAACAAGCCGCACCACCAAGGCAACGGCAAGAAGAGGAAAAACGCGCGGGAUUCCGCACAAGAGGAGCUGUGCAGAUAGGGGGGCGUUAAUGACCCCCUUGCCCCUCUUCCUGUCUCCAUUCAAGCUGGGGAAGGUGGAUAAGAACUAAGAUGGAUGAUUAGACGCUCAUUUGGCUUCCUCCUCUUUUUUCUUCGUCUCCUCCGACUGCCAGCAGCGCCCUCUUGCAUUAUUAUUAUCAUCAUCAUAAACUUGCCUCUUGCGCCUCCUGCUGUACAGGAAUGGAAGGAGCACACGAUAGGACCUCCCUCGCUGUUGGAAAUGACAUUUAAAAAAACAAACAAAAAAACUUUCUACAAAAAGAUACACGAAAAAACGGAACUGCUUCAAAUGUAUAAAAAAAAAAAAAUGUUCUGAGAUUUUUAAUGAUGGCGUUUGUAGGGUGGCGACUCACAAAUGCGUGAGGUGUAACUUAUGCAUGAUUUUUUUUUUUUUUUUUUGUCCGAACAGAUCAUAGGAACAUUUCUACUGGAACAGAAAAACUUUUUUUUUUUUUUUUUUUUUUUUUUUUACACAAAAAAAAUCAAUGGACGCGGGUGGUCUCGUUGCCAUGCCAACACAAAUCAUCAUCAGCAUCUUUUACUUACGUUUUUUUCUCUUUGUGCGUGUAACCUCAAAUAUGUAUUGUUAUUAUUGUUAGGCUUUCCUUGUAGACCACACGAUGGGAGUUUGGAGGCUUUACAAAUGGAGUUUUUAUUGAGAUUUAUGACAAAAAGUAACAAUAUAAUGAUGGGAUGUUUGAUAACAAAUCCAGCAAACAAGGAAAAUCAUUUGUAUUUGUUAAAUGUAUUUAUUUUUUUAUUAAUUAUAUGAACAUAGUAUGUCUAUAUAUAUAAAUAUAUAUAUAUACAUAUGACAAACUUUUUGAGGCUAUACCUUUACAUAAUAAGAUGCCUGGGAAGGGGCGGGGGGGACAAAAGCUUAAUCAGGUACAACAAAAAAAACGAAUCCAACUUUAUAAUUAUUAUUUUUUUGUUCUUAUUGGCAGUGACCAAGUUACAAGUCGUGUGAGGAUUUGUUUUAAAUACGUGGCUGGUCUACUUUAAAAGGGAGUUUUAAUAAGUUCAAAAAAAAAAUUGCAGUGCAGUACACCAUUUGACCUACAGGUGGCGACAUUACCCCACAUUGAAUCCACAUCUUGAGGGCUUGACAACUGCAUUUCACUGAUUGUGUUUUUUUCUCCUUUGGUUUCAAAUCCUAAAUUAUAAGGACCUGAUGGCUUCUGGAGGGGUUGUACCAACCAAAGCACAUCUCAAACCUCCUGUUAUUCAUACUACAGCCAGCAAAUGCUUCACAUUUCCAUUUUAAGCAUCCUCUUUCAUCAGUGAUGCAGCCCAUUUAUCCACGUGACUCACCGCCAUGUUUGAAUUAGUUCAAAUGCACUUGUUUUUGUGGUACAGACCAACAUCCCACUUUUUGAUUGGGUUUGAAGUUGGAACUAUUCACUGUCUCGAUGGAGUAAAGCCGUGUAAAAAAUCUGAAUGUCCGAAUACUGAAACCUUUCUUAACGGCGCGAAAGUUUCCUCGAGUCAACUGUAUCAUCUCUGCUGCUUUUCACAAAUUCAUGCAAUAAAAAAAACAGUUCAGUCA